GCAGCAAAAUAUUCUGCUGUGGCCAAGAGUGUCUGCUGGGGACCUGCUUCAGCCCUUGGCCUGUCCCCUCUCAUCAAGGGGCUCUGAGGCCUUUGGGAUUCCUGCCACAUUCACUCAAGGGCCUGUGAGGAUCAAACAAGUUGCCCCCAAGUUGUGGAGCAUGACUCGGGACGAGGCACUGCCAGACUCGUACUCAGCACAGGGCUUCUAUGAAAACUAUGAGCCCAAGGAGAUCCUGGGCAGAGGAGUUAGCAGCGUCGUCAGGCGCUGCAUCCACAAGCCCACGUGCCAGGAGUAUGCUGUGAAGAUCAUUGACAUCACUGGCGGAGGCAGCUUCAGCUCUGCGGAGGUCCAGGAGCUGCGAGAGGCCACGCUGAAGGAGGUGGACAUCCUGCGCAAGGUCUCUGGGCUCCCCAACAUCAUACAGCUGAAGGACACUUAUGAGACCAACACUUUCUUCUUCCUGGUGUUUGAUCUGAUGAAGAGAGGGGAGCUCUUUGAUUAUCUCACUGAGAAGGUCACUCUGAGUGAGAAGGAAACCAGAAAGAUCAUGAGAGCCCUGCUGGAGGUUAUCCGCAACUUGCACAAACUCAACAUUGUGCAUCGGGAUCUGAAGCCUGAGAAUAUCCUCUUGGAUGAUGACAUGAACAUUAAGCUCACAGACUUUGGUUUUUCCUGCCAGCUGGAGCCAGGAGAGAAGCUGCGAGAGGUCUGUGGGACUCCCAGCUACCUGGCCCCUGAGAUCAUUGAGUGCUCCAUGAAUGAUGACCACCCAGGCUAUGGGAAGGAGGUGGACAUGUGGAGCACAGGGGUCAUCAUGUACACCCUGCUGGCCGGCUCCCCACCCUUUUGGCACCGGAAACAGAUGCUGAUGCUGAGGAUGAUCAUGAGUGGCAACUACCAGUUUGGCUCACCUGAAUGGGAUGACUAUUCAGACACUGUGAAGGAUUUGGUUUCCCGUUUCUUGGUGGUGAACCCCCAGGGCCGCUGUUCUGCAGAAGAGGCCUUAGCGCAUCCCUUCUUCCAGCAGUAUGUGGUGGAAGAAGUGCGUCACUUUAGCCCCCGGGGCAAGUUCAAGGUGAUUGCUCUAACAGUACUGGCUUCGGUGCGGAUCUAUUACCAGUACCGCCGGGUGAAGCCUGUGACCCGGGAGAUUGUCAUCCGUGACCCCUAUGCCCUCCGGCCUCUGCGCCGACUCAUUGAUGCCUACGCUUUCCGAAUCUAUGGCCACUGGGUGAAGAAGGGACAACAGCAAAACCGGGCUGCCCUUUUUGAGAACACACCCAAGGCUGUGCUCCUCUCCCUGGCUGAGGAAGAUUACUAAGGGGCUGGCAGCUUGAAGAGUCAAUAUUUCCAUGACCACAGGCCAUGACCUUUUAUUGAGGUGACCAUUACACUCCCCUGCCUCUAAGGACAAAGAAAAGCCCUGGUGAUGCUAGACACAAAGUCUCUCUGGGUGCUGAGAGCUGGCAAGAAAAGGCAGAAGUUGCCCUGGGCAUGUUGGCUUCUCAUGGCAAGUGCUGCUUAUUCUCCUUUCUGUACUCACAGGGCGCAGAGAGAGGGAUGGAGGUAGUACCAACACAAGCUCUGUGAGACCAGGGCCCAGACCCUCAGCCCCUAGCUGCCGGACUCCUCACCUGGUAUUGACCUGGGCCAGGUGAUUGGCAGAGCCAUCAGCUGUGUCAGUCCAGGAUGCCCCCUGGAGAACACGCAUGUCCUGGUCAGCAGAUGGAUACAGAGAUGCCGUCCACUCCCAUACGUUGCCCAUGAGGUCAUAGAGUCCUGAGCACAGCAGGUGGAUCAGCCCCAGGCUGGGCAGCCCUACCUCCAACCCCCCUGCUGCCUUGGGUAGCAAAGGCUUUGGGGAGCAAAUGCUCCCCUGGUAGUGUUUCCCUCUGCCUCAGCCUUCAGGCAGAAUGAUCACACCAACCAAUCUGUGAGUGUUGACAGCAACGAAUCUUACCAUAGUUAUUCUGUGGAGGGAAAGCAUUCACUGGGGAGACUCUGUGGAAGCCAUCUUCCGCCUUGUCACCCUUGGGGAACUUUCCCUGAGGAGGAGAAAUUUAAGCUAAAAUAUUUACCAAUCUGUUCCAAGGUGGGUGUUCCUGCCUGCCCAAGGGAAAACCAAGGUCAUACUGCAGCGUCAUCUCGGGUAGGAUGAAGGGCAUGAGGCGGUGCACUGAGGUGCCUGCCCUGAGCUCCCACACUAGGCUCCUGUCUUCCACCAUCACCUCCUGGCUGGAUUAGGAAAUGUGCCCACAGUGGUCUACGUCAAGCCCAUCCCACUCUCACUUUCUCUCAGCAGCCUCCACCCCUCCACCUUGAGCUUCCCGUACUUCAAGGACUUGGGAAGAAAGGCUCCUGCCAGCUCCUUUUGCUCAGCACCACCUGGCUUCUCCAGAAUGGUGAUGCCUGCCCUGUACUCUUCUACCACCGACAGGUUUAACGCUACCUCAUCUGCCCCGACUCUACCAUCCUCAUCUGUUUUUUACCUCCAAAAUGCUUGAAAAAAGGAACCUAUGUUUGCUGAAGCACUUUGUUCAAUUUGUUCAUUCUUCUCAUUAAAAUUGGGGUUCAGCUCCCCCUGCUCCA